AUGGUUUUGGGCCUGAGUGUUAUUACAUUGUUAUAUCACGUGUUGUUGAAUGCAGGAAGUGUAAGCAUGGUUUUGGGCCUGAGUGUGGCCGUCCUCGCCCUGACGCUCUCAGGUGUCGGGGCCUUCACCUCCAUGGGGGGGAGCUCUCGCACACAUGCGGACAUCACUGAGACCGCCGUGCUACGUGUGACCGCUGACGUCUGCCGGGCUGUAGCACACGCAGAGGGCAGGAGCUUCAGCCCGCGGAGCUCGUCUGCGGAGGACCUGCUGCAGGAGUGUCUGGGCUCGGCCCGGAAGGGAGAGGUUUCUGCCGCGAAGUUCAAGGCUGCACUCAACCAGAUCUACUUCCAGAACGGGCAGAUAGACCGAGACUUCGGCAGCAGCGACAGGCACCACUUCAGCUCGGAGGCGUUCAACGGUGGGCGAGUCAUCAUCACCAUGGGCGUGACCAACGUGAAGGCCAACAUCAGACACGAAAACUUCCAGGCGGCAAGAGAAAACCUGGGCCGAGUGUGCCACACCCUGCAGGAUUUCUACAGUCACAGUAACUGGAUUGAGAUGGGUCACAGAAGUCCGUACGUGAACUUGAUCCGGCCCGAAAUGCCCAUCCUCAACACUGCAGACAGGGACACGCCCACAUGCAGGGACUGUGCAGAGAAGACCUGCCGGGACAAUAUCCUGCCCCAGAUCCUCACAGACAGGAUGCUCACCUCCGGAUACAUCGGCCUAACCUCACCCUUCAAACCAGCAGGGAAGUGCAGCCAUGGAGGGGACAGAGACCUGACCAGCAGCCGCAACCCUCGCGGGGGGAUCAGCAAAGACGAGGACACAUCGAGCCACGGAUACCUGCACAGAGCCGCCGCCGACGCCGCCGUCAGCGCCACCGUGCAGCUGCUGGAGGACAUCCGCGCUGCCGCCGGCGACAACAACUUCCUGCGGCUGAUGGGCAUUACUCGUUCCUCAGUUCUGUGUUUUGUGAUUGACACCACGGGCAGCAUGUCAGACGACAUCGCUGAGGCGAAGAGGGUGGCGUUCUCCAUCAUCGACAGCAAGAAGGGGACAGCGGACGAGCCCUCCUCCUACAUCCUGGUGCCCUUCAACGACCCGGAGUUUGGACCACUCAUCAAGACGAGGGACCCGGACGUUAUGAAAGCGAGGAUAUCUGAGCUGACCGCUUCAGGGGGAGGGGACACGCCAGAAAUGUCUCUGUCAGGACUUCAGUUGGCCCUCACAGGUGCACCGCCUUCCUCUCAGAUUUUCGUUUUCACUGAUGCUCCAGCGAAAGACGUGGCACUGAAGAGCACUGUCAUCGCUCUGAUCCGGAGCACCAAAUCAGUGGUCUCCUUCUUCUUGACAAAUGUGCUGACUGCCCGUCGUCGGAGGGACAGCGGUCAGGAUCAGCAUCAGGGACAGGGUUUAGCCAAACGGGCGACCACUUCCAACCAGCUGUACCAGGAGCUGGCUGUGGCGUCGGGGGGACAGGCCAUAGAGGUCACCAAGGCAACCUUGCCCCAGGCCACCGACAUCAUCGUGGACACCUCCACCUCCGCUCUGGUGACUAUUCUACAGACUGUGAGGAAGGUGGGAUCGAGUGAAUCCUUCUCCUUCCUGGUGGACGCGUCUGUGAGGAACCUGACCGUCUACAUCACAGGCAGCUCCCUCAGCUUCACUCUCCGCAGCCCCUCAGGUAUGACCCAGAAGAGUUCAGUCACCAAUGGGCCCCUGGGGACGCUGCAAGCCGUGGGGAACCUUCGCAGAGUUCAGCUGCACCCUGAGACAGGAUUAUGGGAAAUCAGCAUCGACUCCAGCCAGCCCUACACUCUCAAAGUCACUGGUCAGAGCAGCAUUGCUUUCAUUUAUGAGUUCAUGGAGGCGUUUGAGGGGCUGUACCCGGGCUACGCGGUGAUCGACGGGCUGCCCCACGCAGGAAAGAGCGCUACUCUGCUGCUAACGAUGACGGGGAGCGGUGGUUCAAAUUCCCUGACGGUGGCGGAGGUUUCCCUGGUGGAGGUGUCGGGUUCGAGGGCAGAGAACGGCACCGCAAGGAGGCUGGGUAACGGGGACUACCUGGUGUCCCUGGACAAGAUUCCAGAGGGGGAGUUUGUAGUGCUGGUGAAGGGCGUGGCCAGCAGCUCCCUAACUCCCUUCCAGAGACAGUCCACCACCGAGAUGCGAGUCUCCCAAAUUAUCAUCAGGACCCAGGCUAAUGCCUCUCUGGAGCCUGGGGUACCUUUCUCCCUUCCAUUCACCGUGACAACCAAUGGGACAAGCGGCUGGUACACCAUCACUGCCAGAGAUGACAGGAGCUUCAUCACCUAUUUCACAUCCGGUAUCGCUCUGGAGAGUGGGGGCAGUGGCGAUGCCUCGGUGGAGCUCACAGCGCCCUCCAGCACGCCGUCGGGCACCGACGUCACACUGACCAUCGACAUCGAGGGCCCUGGAGCCGUUGAUUCCAACUACGCUGUGCUACGCCUCUCCGUCGUCACCAAGGUGACAGACUUCAGCCGGCCCGUGUGCACGGUGCUGAGCGUUACCGCUAACUGCUCUGAGGACUGCAGCGGCUCGCAGUGGGAGCUCUCCGCCAACCUGACGGACGGGACGGGGACCGGCAUCCAGAGCGUCUCCACGCGCCUCGGCAACGGCACCCUGAACACCACCCCCUCCACGGGGGAGGGGGGCGUCGACGUCACCCUGGCCACCUACAGCGCCUCCUGCUGUUCGCCGGAGGUGGAGAUAGUGGCGGUGGACACGGUGGGAAACGUGGGCACCUGUUUCCACUCCAUCAGGCCGGCCACCACGGCCACACCCAUCACCGCUGUUCCCGCCUCCAGCCCCCGGGCUCCCGCCCCCUCCCUGGGCCUCUGCUUCCUGGCCUCCGCCCUGUACGCGCUCUGCAGCGCCUCCGGGGGCCUCUGA